CACACCGUUUUGGCCUUAUUGGUUAGGGUUUAUGUUGUUGAUUAUCAAAUUACUGUUCUAACAUUGUAAAAAUAUUCAUCCUAUAGUAGUUGCUGACCAAUUUCGAGCUGGAAGAACUGAAAGUAAGUUUAUGUACUUACAUCAACAGUCAACACUUUGUUUCAAUCGAAUCUACGGCUGUGUAAUUGUGUUGUUCUAAGUUUUAUCUUCUGGUUUUGAACAGAAGCGCCAAAGAAAAAGGUUGAUAAACUGAUAGCAUGUUAGAAAUGGAGGAUGAACAGAUUGUUUGAAUUCUUUGAAAGUCGUGAUUUACUAUUAAAAUUGAAGUAUUUAUAUGGUACAAAUCGAACACUCAAUUGGAUGAAAUUCAGAAAUAAGAAAUCAAAGAAUGUCUGUGAAAAUGUUCUUCAAGAUUGUACCAAAAAAAUGACAAAAAAACGGAUUUAUGAUCUCUGUCUGAAAACUGUCAUAUGGCAGUUUCAAACUGUCAUAAAACCAUAAAAACUAACAUAAAAAUGAAUUUUUAGAUAAGGGUCAAACCAAUGUAACUCGACCCCAGGGGUUCUGCCCCUUGGCCCCGCCAGGGGCUGCCGCCCCUUGGACCCCGCUUCCACGAAACCGAUUAAUUCCCCGCCUGGUAUUCCUCUGUUCCUGAUCACGAAACCGAUUAAUUUCAGCAAAUUCGAUUUACUUCGUUUCUUAUGAUUUUUCUUUUGAAUGUAGAUAUGUUUUGAUUAAGUUCGAUUAAAUAUUUAGCGUUGUCCAUCUAAUUUGGGAAAAAUACUCUUAGAUUUUAUUUCAUCAAAUGAACGAGAGAUUGUAGCGAUUUCCCUUUAGAUCUGUGGUGUGGAGAGAUAAAUGGUGGUAAAGAUAGAUUCGCCAUUCGCCAUUCAACAACAACAUCCAACGCCAUCCUCCCAAUUCACAGCCUCGUAUACCACCCUUCUUAUGGAAGCUCCUAAUCCUAUACACAACUCUCCUAAACCCUUUCAAAAUGCAAACCUUCUUCUUCAUCGGUGGCCUGCUUUUCAUCUUCUACGUAUCUUCAUCCUCCCUUGCAUCAACCGGUCAACACCUCACAACUUUAAAACAACCCUUCCUUGCAUCAACCAGUCAACAACUCACAGCUUUAAAACAAACCGACCUUCAACCAGAAGAUUUUAAAUUAAAGGUUGAUCCCACUUUACAUUUUGAAAACCCUAGGCUUAUGAAAGCUUAUUGCGCCUUACAAGAAUGGAAGAAAGCAAUCUACUCAGAUCCACAAAACCUCACAGGAAACUGGGUAGGCCCAAAUGUGUGUUCAUACGAAGGGGUGUUUUGCUCUCAUGCUUUAGAUGAUCCAAACAUUCUAACAGUUGCUCUCAUUGAUCUCAACUAUGGAGAUAUUGCUGGACAGCUUGUUCCUCAUAUUGCAUUAUUAAGCGACCUCGGUGUAUUCCAUAUCAAUUCCAACAGAUUCUGUGGGGUUAUCCCUGAAACCUUCUCAAAACUCAACCUCCUGUUUGAAUUCGAUGUCAGUAACAAUCGUUUCGUGGGCCCUUUCCCUAAAGUUGUAUUGGACAUGCCUCAUUUGAGGUUUCUUGACAUAAGAUACAACGAAUUCGAAGGCAAAUUACCUCCUGAAUUAUUUGACAAACGCCUGGAUGCCAUUGUUAUCAACAACAACCGAUUCCAUUCCACCAUUCCAGAAAACAUCGGGAAUUCACGCGUUUCCAUGCUUGUUCUUGCAAACAAUAAGUUCACAGGUUGCAUACCUAAAAGCUUUGGAAACAUGCCACGUUUAGAACAAGUUUCUUUCUCCAAUAACCUUCUAACUGGUUGUAUACCCGAAGAGAUUGUGAAUCUUCAGGGGUUGAUAUUGUUUGAUGUGAGUAACAACAAAUUCAUCGGGAAACUUCCGAAAAAUUUACACACGUUGAAAAGAGUCGAGAGGUUUGACUUUUCAAACAACCGGUUGACCGGAACGAUUCCUAAAAGCAUUUGCAGCAUGCCUGCACUUUUGGACUUUAGAAUCUAUAGGAACUAUUUUCAUGAGAUUAGUGGAGAAUGUGAUAAGCUUGUGGAUGAAAAGCUGCUUUCUAUGAAGGAGAAAGACAAUUGCUUCCCUAAAAGAUCCCAUCAAAAACCCGAUAAAAUUUGUUCUCAAAUGAUGAACAUUCAAGUUGAUUGCAAAAAUGUAGGCUGUAGUACACCACAAAACAACGUUGUUGAACCAGGAAACCGGAAAAUAACACCACAUAAACUGAAACCACCACCACAAAAGGUUCAUCCACCACCAACACCUGUCCCACAACCACCAAAACCAACCACCAAGCCACCACCAGUGGUCCGAGGACACUAGAUGUUAUUAGAACACUUAUUUUUUUGGUAGAAAACAACUCUUUGUAGACUAACUUGUAUUAAACAACUAAUGAGAAAAGUUUUACAUUUCACAUUUCACAUUUCAUUCAUCUUUGACAUUUUUUCUGGUUAUUAUUACAUAUAAUAAUAUUAUUAGCUAUAAAGCUAGUGAAUAGCUGCUUGAAUCAUCUCCACUACAGUUCCCAUGGAAGGGCGUUGUUUGGGGUCAGACAAAAGGCACACCUCCGCGAUCAUAAUCAUGCCGGAGGCGGAAACAUUUUCUUCAACACCUGACAUUCGUCUAUCGGGAACACCUUUCAAUCCUUCUCUAUUUUUUUUCUCCAUUACAUAUUGCCCUAAAUUAGUCACCGAAGGUUUCUUUCCUGUAAUUAUCUCCAACAUCAAAAUCCCAAAACUGUAAACAUCGGAUGCUUGGCUAAAUGACUUUGAGAUACUUCGUGUUCGUGUUAAUUCAGGCGCCAUUCGACCACAGUUUCUUCUGAUAAUCGUGGAAGCAGAGAUAAGAUACGGCGUUUCAUAGCUAGAAAGACGAGGUGAGAAAUCGCUUUGUAUUAGAAAGUUAGAUGAUUUUAUCACCCCGCAGAGAAGUCCUCGACUGUGAAUCGACGCUACUGCUUUCGCUGCUCCGAGCACUAUUUGCUGUCUGAUUUCCCAGUUUAACGGCGUAAAUUGAACGCCUUCGCUUCCUGAGAAAUUAAAAACGAUUAAAGGUAAAAAGUUAGAAACCCUAGUUUUUGGUUAUGGGAUUGCUUACCAUGUAGGAGCUCCUCCAAGCUGCCUAAACAUAAGUAGUCAUGAAUAACGAAAGCUUCGCCGCCGUACCAAAAACCAAAUCGGAGCGGCAACAACCACCGGUUGCCACUAAGGCCGCCGAAAAACUUAACCCAGUGCUCGAAAUUGCUGCCAUGGGUGACGUUUUUACAGAUCUUUCUUAUUGUGAUAAUGGAGCCGGAGUCGAGGACGACUUUGUAAAGUGUGCCUAAGGAGCCCUCGCCGAGUCUGUUCUUGGGGAGUUGAAUGAGAUCGGAGGGGUUGAAGGCUGUGAUGGUUUCAUGGUCUCCGAAGAUGAUUUUGGUGGGAAGUGUGAUUUUGACUUGUAAGGAGAUCGGGGUUUGGUUUGUGAGUUGGGUUGUGGUGGGUUUGGUGAGUUUGGUGGAGAUGAAGGCUAUGGCUCUCUGGAGAGUACAUAUGAAGAACAUUAUGAGAAGUAAGAAGAACUGCCAUGCGUGAUCGAUGUUCUUCAUUGUUUGUGAGUGAGAGGUUUGGAGAUUCCAGAGCAGCCAUUGGUUGAUGAUGAAUUUGAGUGAUGUGCAUAGAUGUUUUCACCUGAAUCUUUGAAAUCAUCCUAUAGACAGCUAAUUUUAUGUUUGUAUUCUUAGAAUCGGAGUAUAUAUAUAGAUUGCGUCAUCUGUGUUUAAUUUUAAUUGUAAAAUUGUAAUUGUAAUUACUCAACAUAGAAGUAGUACCCAAGUUAUUCCUUUUCUUUUGUCGCAGAUUCAGAAUCUGAUUAAAAUAGCUACGAAGAAAUUAAAUUUGAAUAAUGUGUCAUGGAGUAA